ACAAACUGCGAGCAGUUGCUGCGCUUCCAGUGUGCGCGUGGACCUGAGGCUCUUUUUUCCCACUGGACUUUAACUCAGCAUUGUGUCAAUUAACCUGUGGAGAACUACAGUGAACAGUUCAGCCACUGCACCGCCUCCCCACCAUUCCCGCUCUAUAGUGACCCCCCCUCCCUGCGUGUCUCGUAGUCUCCGCUCCAUUUGGUUCCAAACUGGCGCGUCCUGGAGCGCACAACUUUCCAGACUGAAAGCCGGCAGGUUUCCCCGGUAAAGAGCGACCUUCACGGCUCACUGUGUUUCACGUGGGGGGAGAAAUGUGAGCGGUGACGGGGCAGGAAGGCUUUGGGGAGAACGACAUAACAAAGAGAGGGCGCUUCUAUCCCGGAGCGCUUUUUGCGCAGCUGAUCCGGCGGAGGCUCCACGCCGCGUUCAUGGAUCUGUGGAUCUGACGUUCUUAGCUCCAUACUGAUCCACCUCCCUCACUGAACUUCAGCGGGAUCGUUGUGCAGGAUGGGCACGGCUCUGCUGAAACACACGCUGCUGUGCUUGAUAGUGGCAGUGUCUCAGUGUGUGUCUGCUCAGGGCUGUGGGUCCCACUACGAGUUUGCCAUCGAGGAGUUCUGCCUGGCCAAGUUCAAGUUGGACAUGCAGAAGCUGGAUCAGAGGCAGUGGUGUAGCUGGGAGGACACGGUCGAACUCUACAGCGAUCUGACAAACUGCACAUACGUUGUGGCUCAGGGAAUGAACUGCUACUGGCCCAACCGCAUGGUGGACGAGUUCUUCAUCCAAGUCCACCGAUACUACUUCCACAACUGCUCGCUGUCGGGGCGACUUCUCAAAGACCCUCCGAACCGCAUCCUGGGUCCCUUCAUCGUGGUACCCAUCCUGGUGACCCUGCUCAUGACGGCCCUGGUGGUGUGGAGGAGCAAGCGCAGCGAGGGGAUCGUUUAAGGGACACACCGGAGACAAAGGUUUUCAUCUUCAGCGACCAAAGGAUCUCUUCUUCUGAGCUACGGAGGAAUUAUUUACUAUUUAAAGGACGUGGAGGAGCUGAUUGACACUGAAACACGUCCUGAGUUCAUCCAAAUCUCAUUUAUGUUGAUGAUCUAAACCAGACUCUGAUGGAAAAGGAAAAAGUGACUGACAAACUGGACUAAAUGGUUUUAUGUUACAAACUUUUACAGUAAAAGGGAUAAACAAUGCAACCGAACAGAUACUCAGACCUUUGAUUUAUACACGUGAUACUGAAAAAUAGACAUUUGAUUCUGUUGUGAAGUCAUGCAGAUGGAUCAGGUCCCAGGCUGAAACCACACACACAUAACAAACAUUUCAGCUACAAAGAAGUCAAAAAGCUGCACAACCCUGUUGAGAAUUGCCAUCGAUCAAAGCACAUUUAGUGUGUAAAACAACUUCUAAUGAUGUAGGAUGGAUCUAUUCGCUGUAGUGGAGCGUUCAAUUUAUAUUUUUGAGAUCUUUUUUUUCCCUUUUCAGAUUGAUUGACCUGCAACCUGCCUGGCAACAAACCACACUUGAAAUGCACCCACACGCUGCACGUUGUGCCAAAAGGCCUCAGAUGAUGUUUGUUGUGAAACGUUGGACUUGGCGGCGUGACUCGGUGAAGAGUUGAAUAAAAUGUCUGGAUAAUGUGUUCAAGUAAAGCUUCAAAACUGCAGCUUCUUGUGUGAAAAAUUGGCUUUCAUUCAUUGUUUCGCAUUCAUUUUUACUAGGGGUGUGUGUUUUGUGAUACCAUAUGUAUCGCGAUACAUGUCACGAUUUAUCCAAGACUUUACCAGAACAAAAUUUCACUUAUUUUUCCUUCACUCGUUCUUUUCUGAGCAAAAGCUUCACAAUCCAUGUUUUUAUAUGAUACUGGCAGCAACGUGGCACAGAAUUUCGGUUCUGUACCCAUCCCAAGACAAAACCAAGUAAAACUAUGUCGCAUAAGAACAAAAACUA